GUUCGGCUUCUCGCAGGGCGAGGUGAUCAAGGACUACUACAAGCGGAUCGAGCCGCCGGACGCGGUGCUGCUGCACCGUGUCGCGCCCUUCCCAGUGCUCUCCAAGGAGGAGCAGCCCGCCCGGCGUCCUGAGAUGCUCCCUGCGCUGCGUGCCGCCUACGCCGCGCACAUCACGGACCUAGACGCGUCCUCGGCGGAGGAUGCCAAGCCGGUGCCGAUCUCGCACACGCUGCUCGGCGUCGCCGGCGGCCUACGCUCCAACAUAGCACAAGCAACGUGGACCGAGGGGGACUUGCACUCCUCCGUGGUCCUGCUCUCGCGUCUGCCGCCGGGCGACGCCCUCUCCCGCCUCACGCUCCUCUCCUUCCUCGCGGUGCCUCAGUGGCGCGAGUUUGCCGCCCACUGCGCACGCAACUUGCAGGCGCAGCUGGGCCCCCUCUCAGACCGGCGCAAGGAGCUCCUCCUGGCGGCGUGGCUCUCGUUCGCCCUCGCCGUGCUGGCGGAGCCAUCGCUGCGGGCCGCCGCCGACCUUCCCUUCCGGCACCUCGCAGAGGAUGGCGAGGCC